AAUCGCCACUACACAACAACACAUCACUUGGAAGCAGUCCAGUUACAUACAUACACACUUGUUGUUGUGUGUGUGCUCACUGUACUGUACACCUGUUCUACACAUUACAAGAAAAUGGCGGAAGGUGGGCCGUCUGCUUGUGAAACGGAUUCUAACGACGACAAUCAGAUCGGAACUCCAUCGGAGCGUCUUCUCGAACGAGGUCGCGCUGACGGAGCUUUCAUCAGGAAGGUACUGCAAGCACGUAACGCGAAAUCGACGCUCAACGACGUCAACUCGCAAGGAAGACCGACGAUGCACACCGUACUGCAAGUUCAUUGGAGUGACGAGAGAGCAACAAGACAAGAAGCUAUCGGAAUUUUGCUUGAUUAUGGCGCCGACGUAGAUGCUCGUGACGGUCGUGGGUGGACGGCGUUGCACGUUGCCGUCGCAGAAGAGGAAGUAACAAAAGAAGAGCUCCGUUUACUGGCAAGGAAAUCAAAAAAUAUCGACGCCAUAAACGAUGACGGACACACGCCGUUACAACUACUGUUGACUCUGUCGGAGACUACGAAUGAUGAUUUGUUGGUUGUUCUAUUGGAAGCUGGCGCUAAUCCGUACGUCAUUGCGGGCAAUCACCUUUCUCCUCUACAAACUCUUCUGGCAACGUCUAGCGACCCGAAAAGUCACUCGAGUCUUGUGAGGCGGCAUGCGAAACGAGAUUAUCAAAGCCACAUCGCAACACAUUUGAGGAAUUAUCUACGCUUUACAAUUACCAUUUGCUCAGGAGCUGCUCUGGAGGCUCUUCUCGACAUGUGUGAUCCUGUACAAGAGUGGCAGAGUUAUGAUAUCGAAUUUGUACUCGAGGCGGCCGCAGUCGACCAAGACUGCGAGAAGAAAGUCGAACUUCUCGUCAGGUACGGCCUACCGGUCGACGGCGUCAACUGUCGAGGAAUGAGUCUUCUUCAUCUCGGCGCUAUGGCAAGUUCUUUACGUAUCUUGGAACUGGCGACUCCUGGCUACCAAAUUUGUACUAACGUACACGAUUCGCUUCACAAUACUCCACUGCAUUACUUGAACGCAAACGAAAGGCUACAAGACUAUGAAACUAUCUCACACUGCGUCAAGUUUUUGAUAUCCCGCGAUGAGAACAUGAUGGAAAUGCUCAACUCUAAAGGAGACAGUCCGCUAUUUAGCGCGAGCCGCCGUACCGUCGCUUAA